CAUCGUGUUCCCAGGUCCCGUUCUGACGUUGCCCAAACACUACGAGCCCUUAGCCAAGGUAUUCGGUACAAACAUUUGAAGUUUGUCAUUCUCAACUUUUCUAGAAAGUGGCUGCAAAACUCUGAGAUGCAAGCAGGCGACACAUCAGUGCUGCGGCAAGGGUUAAAAGAUACGCUCGAGGCUGCUGCUAUCCUUCACCCCGGCAACGCGCCGUCUUUCUCUGAAGACGACGAGGACGAAUACCGAGACUUCUGUACCACCAUGCUCACCGAGAAGAUCAGGGUGUUAAGGGCCCUUCAUACCCUGUUCCAAGCUGGAACUGAACGCUUCCGCCAAGUCGCUGGCGCCCCAAAAACCUCACUGAACCUUGAUGUCAUUCUCAAUAAGCACCUGCUCAACGCUGUUGACCAGGACGAGAUGUAUGCCUCGGCGAACGAGUCAUAUACCUCCUUCAAGGCCACACUGCUUGAGGAAUACACAAUGCGGAUCGAUCUGCAUGACAAGCAUAUUGAUCGGGUAGAGGCUUUGAAGGCUAGGUCCGUUGAUCCGGAUGACACGGAUGACACAGAGGACGACGAGGAUGAAGAUGAUGGAGAUGGGCAGAAGGUUGAUGAAGAAGAAUCGUUGUGA